UAAAGGUCACAAUUGAGUGAAAUAAUGUAUUGAAUGAAAUACGUUCGUUGUAGAUAAGAAAUCAUUCGUCAAGAUUUUCUUUUUUUAAAAUAUGUGUGCCUCGGUCGUUUUAAGAAUAUUUGUUCUCGGGAUUUCCAUUACAUCAGCCAUUUUGGACGAGAGAGUGACGUGUCAACUUAGUACAGACGAGAUUACUAAACUUGAGUCGUGUCGAAUUAAUGGCAAUUGGACACAGUGGAGUGAUUGGCAAGCAUGUUCAACUACUUGUGGUACAGGUUUAACUAGAAGGUCAAGGAAAUGUGUGGGCCCAGCAACACCUUCUAUAUUGAGCCAAGGUUGUCAAGGCGACGGAAAUGAUUACAGAUUGUGUUUUAAUUCCCACCCUUGUCCAAUAAAUGGUUUUUGGUCUGAAUGGUCACCAUGGGUUUGUUAUAUUUUUGGGGGUCAGCGCGUCCGACAGCGAUCAUGUUAUGGACCAAUGUUUGGAGGUGUGGACUGCGCACCUGCUACCAAGAUAGAAUACAAGAAUGAUACAUCGUGUCACUAGAGAUAGCUCUUCUUUCUUUUGUUUUAAAACUGUAAGAAUGCACAUGAUAAGCUAGAAAGUGGUUGUGGAAUUUGAAAAUAAACUGAUAAAUCUAUAACAAAACAG